ACUCUACAUCAACUGCAGCGGGUAAUACUUCAACUUCCACCAAUGCAACUUAUACCAACUCUACAUCAACUGCAGCGGGUAAUACUUCAACUUCCACCAAUGCAACUUAUACCAACUCUACAUCAACUGCAGCGGGUAAUACUUCAACUUCCACCAAUGCAACUUAUACCAACUCUACAUCAACUGCAGCGGGUAAUACUUCAACUUCCACCAAUGCAACUUAUACCAACUCUACAUCAACUGCAGCGGGUAAUACUUCAACUUCCACCAAUGCAACUUAUACCAACUCUACAUCAACUGCAGCGGGUAAUACUUCAACUUCCACCAAUGCAACUUAUACCAAAUCUACAUCAACUGCAGCGGGUAAUACUUCAACUUCCACCAAUGCAACUUAUACCAACUCUACAUCAACUGCAGCGGGUAAUACUUCAACUUCCACCAAUGCAACUUAUACCAACUCUACAUCAACUGCAGCGGGUAAUACUUCAACUUCCACCAAUGCAACUUAUACCAACUCUACAUCAACUGCAGCGGGUAAUACUUCAACUUCCACCAAUGCAACUUAUACCAACUCUACAUCAACUGCAGCGGGUAAUACUUCAACUUCCACCAAUGCAACUUAUACCAAAUCUACAUCAACUGCAGCGGGUAAUACUUCAACUUCCACCAAUGCAACUUAUACCAACUCUACAUCAACUGCAGCGGGUAAUACUUCAACUUCCACCAAUGCAACUUAUACCAAAUCUACAUCAACUGCAGCGGGUAAUACUUCAACUUCCACCAAUGCAACUUAUACCAAAUCUACAUCAACUGCAGCGGGUAAUACUUCAACUUCCACCAAUGCAACUUAUACCAACUCUACAUCAACUGCAGCGGGUAAUACUUCAACUUCCACCAAUGCAACUUAUACCAAAUCUACAUCAACUGCAGCGGGUAAUACUUCAACUUCCACCAAUGCAACUUAUACCAAAUCUACAUCAACUGCAGCGGGUAAUACUUCAACUUCCACCAAUGCAACUUAUACCAACUCUACAUCAACUGCAGCGGGUAAUACUUCAACUUCCACCAAUGCAACUUAUACCAAAUCUACAUCAACUGCAGCGGGUAAUACUUCAACUUCCACCAAUGCAACUUAUACCAAAUCUACAUCAACUGCAGCGGGUAAUACUUCAACUUCCACCAAUGCAACUUAUACCAACUCUACAUCAACUGCAGCGGGUAAUACUUCAACUUCCACCAAUGCAACUUAUACCAACUCUACAUCAACUGCAGCGGGUAAUACUUCAACUUCCACCAAUGCAACUUAUACCAAAUCUACAUCAACUGCAGCGGGUAAUACUUCAACUUCCACCAAUGCAACUUAUACCAACUCUACAUCAACUGCAGCGGGUAAUACUUCAACUUCCACCAAUGCAACUUAUACCAACUCUACAUCAACUGCAGCGGGUAAUACUUCAACUUCCACCAAUGCAACUUAUACCAAUGGAAAACAGGCCUCAGAUGUGGCCUGUGUGCCUGUGUGGAUGACUGUGCUGAUAGCUGUGGGGGCAGCUUUGGUGGCGGGGGUUGGGGGGUAUUUGUUCAGAGGAAGGAUCGAGAAGAGUGACAAGGAGGAGGAAGCAUAUUACACCUUACCUUUGGACAGUCCCAGGCUUGGUCAUAAGCAGAUUUCUGAUAAGAAGGAGGAGGAAGCAUAUAACACUUUACCUUGGGACAGUCCCAGGCCUGAUCAUAAGCAGAUUUCUAAGUUUAAGACUGCAUCGUUUUGAUUCAGGACUAAACUCUGGAUGAAUGUUCUGCAGUGUGUGCUCAGCAUCAGCUAACAGGUUUCUGACUUGUUGAGAUUGAUUGCAGAGUUGUGGACUGAAGUCAUAUGACCUGGACUCAGACUCAAGUCACAAAUUUGAUGACUUGAGAUUUGACUCAACAUCAAAAAAGACUUGAACUUGACUUGAACACCAAUGACUCAGACUUGGACUUACAACUGAAGGGGAAGAAACAAGCAAAGCAUCAACAGCAUCAAUAGAGUGAAUAAGCCCUCAUUCAGCACUUAAACUCCAGUUUUAGUUUACCUACCAUUUUUUUAAUGGCAGUUAAACGAUAGAAACAGAGCUAGGCUUAAGGCCGACUGGCAAUAUUAUCUCCAUUCGCUGAUAGCAUCCAUCUAUCCUGAUGGUCAAUUAAGUUGGAUUAUUGUCCGAAAGCACUCAAUGUCUGGCUUUAAGAUACAAAAAGUACAUAUAUCUCUCUUUUGAUCUGUUUCCUUUUAAUGUUAGUCUUUGUCCUAAAUCUGCUAUAAUACAAUGUCUGGCUGUAGAAUGUAAUCUAGGUAGAUAUUUUUUCCACCUGUUGUUGUGCUUGUUAAACCUCCCAAAAAGAUAGUAUUAUCAUUUGGCAAUAAUCGGGGUGGGGGGCAGUCAGAGUAGGGUACAUUGCAGAUGAUAUCACAGAGCUCUCUCUUUUAAUGAUUUUAAAGAUUUCUGCAGUUAUAUCUUUCACCACAUGGAUGAAGUUGCCUUUUCAUUUGCUCGCUUCAUAUUCUAAUUUUGCAUUCCUUGGUGCAGCAGUUACAUUUUGGUGCCUCUGAUCCCAUACUCCCCUGUGAAAUCCAAAAAUAACCAACAAACAAAAACACACUUAGUAUACUACCAUAUCUUACUAACAUACUGUCAUAAAAUUAGCUAUAUCACUAUUUCUAUUAUAUUGUUGUUAAAGUAGCAUUGCACUUCCUAAAGAAUGCACACUGACCUGUUUUGGACUCGACGUUUAGAACUUGGAUUUAACUCGGUACUUGGGGCUCAAGUGUCAAGAAUUGAGACUUACUUGUUACUUGCAACUUAGAGACUUGUUCCCACCUCUGAUUGACUGUUUCUGUAAAUGUUUAGUUCCACUGUAAAGCACAGAGACUGUCUGGUAGAUCUCAGUCUUUCUCACACACAACACACACACAGUCAGUGUAGAAACACCGUAAAGACCCCGACACACUGACACCCCGACUAGCAGCAGCUCAGCUGUGUCUGAUUUCAUCUUCAUCUGAUUUCAGAGAGUCUGUAGCAGCUAUAAGGCAGCAUGUUCACCCUUCAGCUCCUGAUAGAAGUGUGGAUGAGUUUCUCACAGAGCUCACAGCUCACUAACACACACUCAGUGCUGAGUUCAUACAGAAGUGGACUUGUAGGAGUGAACCAAUGAUGAUCAGCCAGCAGCAGCUCUGACUGUUUAAAAGUGAUCAGUUAUUGAUUGUGUGAUAGAACUCUGAGUUGGCUGUAGAUGGAUCACUGUGCUGUGGAUCUACAGGCCUUUACACCCCAAACGAGAAACGAAAAAACACAAAUGUGAAACAUUCAGUCAAAUUUUUUUUAACAACUAAACUUUUAUUAGGAGGGUGUGUGCGGUUCUGCUGCGAAAGAAAAUGAAAAAACGGUCAGAAGGUCUGUGUAGAAUAUCCUGCGCUCCUCACUCUCCACUCUGUAAAAGCUAAAGGAGAGCGGAGAGCUUCACCACCUCAUUCAGGAGCUGAAACUCAGAUCAGAUCUCCAGAUCUUAAUUUAUUGAUGGUCUGGAUGAAUCACACUCAGUAUGACUAGUUAUACAUGUGUUUAGAUUAAUUUAUUGAUCGUGUAAACGUGUCACAGUUGGUGUGUAAAGGCAGACUUUAAAAUGUAUAAACUGUUACUGUUUUUAAUGAGAACUCUGACUGUUAACACUUUAUAAUAAUGCUUUAGAAUAAUUGAAUAAUGCCCAGAAUUAUUGAGAUAUGAAAUAUAAACCACAGAGAAUGUUUUAUUUACUAUAAAAUAACUUAAAAAAACAAAAUCCAUCUACUUGUAGGUCACCAUUGUCACGCUGUGAUGAUGUCAAGAUCAUUGUGGUCAUGUGGAAAAUAAGACAAAUCAAAACAUUUCUCUUUUAGGUAUUUAGGUAAGCCAUGCUCUAGUUAAAGCUGGAAAGACGGAGUUUUACUGUUACCCAUUUUAAACCAAUUGAUUGUUGGUUUGUUUUGUAUUGUAUUUGUGUAGCGUGUUUGAAGGUUUAUUGUUGUGAAUGUGAACAGAACUGUAAUCACUGAUUCUGCCUGUUAACACCUUGUGUGUGUUAACAAUAAAGGCUGUUUAAAGGACUAAA